AUGACAAGAACGGAUGAGAAGUUAGAGGCUCAAGCCAAGCAAUUGAAAAUGCUUGAGAUACAAGUGGGACAAAUUGCCGAGUCUAUAAACAAUCAACACCAACAAGGGCAAUUCCCAAGCAACACAAUCGUGAAUCCCAAGGAGCAUUGCAAGGCCAUUGCUCUAAGGAGUGGGACAACAUAUGAAGAACCCAAGAUGCCCGACGAAGAAGAUAGAAGUGGUGUUGUGGUUGAAGUUGGAGAUGGCAACCCUUCAAAGGAACAAGGAGAUAGAGGAAAGAAGAAGGAGGUGCACAUCAACAUUCCACUUAUUGAAGCUUUGAAACAAAUGCCCUCCUAUGCAAAGUUCCUAAAGGAGGUCAUAUCAAACAAGAGGAAGAUGGGAGAGAAUGAGACGGUCAAUCUAACCGAAGAAUGUAGUGCCGUUCUCCAAAGAAAAAUCCCCACCAAAAUCAAGGACCCCGGGAGCUUCACAAUCCCUUGUGAUAUUGGGAAUGAUCGUUUUGGGAAAGCUUUGUGUGAUUUGGGAGCAAGUAUAAAUUUGAUGCCGCUCUCAAUCUUCAACAAGCUAGAGAUUGGCACCAUCAAGCCAACCACAAUUGCCCUUCAAAUGGCGGAUCGUUCCGUUUCUUAUCCAAAGGGGAUAGUAGAAGAUGUCCUCGUGAAAGUCAACAAUUUCAUCUUCCCGGUGGACUUUGUUGUUUUGGACAUGGUGGAAGACAAAGAUGUACCUUUAAUUCUUGGGCGCCCCAUCUUGGCAACGGGGAGAGCCCUCAUUGAUGUUGCUAAGGGCGAACUCACCCUUAGAGUGAAUGACGAGAGCUUCACAUUUUCAAUCCACAAAGCUCUCAAGUACAAGGAGGAAGAAGAAAAGAGGGUUGGUGAAUGCAAGAUGAUGCAAGUGAUAGAGUCUUGCAUCAACAUGGAGGAGUACCACAUCUACAACAAUCCAAUGGACACUUGCCUCCUAAACCCUCUAUUCUCUUUUGUUGAUAAUGAUGAGUUUAAUGCUUCUAACUUAUUUAUUGAGGCUAAUGAAAUGAACUUUGUGCAGAAAAUUUCACAAGGAGAGGCAUGUUUCUUGGACUUGAGAAAUGGAGAGCCGAAAGAUGAAGGAGUGGAGAAGAAGACUCCAAGCUUGGAGUUAAAACCUCUCCCCGAACACUUGAAAUACGCCUUCCUUGGUGAGGAUGAGGCGUAUCCGGUAAUUGUAUCAUCCUACCUUUCUCCUCAUGAGCUUGAUCAAUUGCUAAAUGUUUUGAGGAAGUAUAGGUCCGCUAUAGGAUGGUCAAUUUCCGAUUUAAAAGGGAUUAGCCCAUCCAUUUGCAUGCAUAGGAUUUUGAUGGAAGAUGAUUUUAAACCUAGGAGGCAAGGCCAAAGACGGUUGAACCCUAUUAUGCAAGAAGUAGUAAGAAAAGAAGUUCUCAAAUUACUAGAUGCGGGAAUUAUUUUUGCUAUUUCGGAUAGUGAGUGGGUUAGUCCCACUCAAGUUGUUGCUAAAAAGGGGGGGAUAACCGUCAUAAAAGAUGAGCAUAAUGAGCUAAUUGCAACUAGGUUAGUAAAUGGAUGGAGGAUGUGUAUUGACUAUAGGAUGUUGAACACAGCUACUCGAAAAGAUCACUUUCCUCUUCCUUUUAUUGACCAAAUGCUUGAUAGGUUGGCAGGGUAUGAAUUUUAUUGUUUUCUUGAUGGGUACUCCGGGUAUAAUCAAAUCAUGAUUGCCCCGGAGGACCAAGAAAAGACCGCUUUCACUUGUCCUUAUGGCAUUUUUGCUUAUAGACGCAUUCCAUUUGGUCUUUGCAAUGCCCCCGCUACUUUUCAACGAUGCAUGAUGGCCAUUUUCCAUGAUUUAAUUGAAAAUGUAAUGGAAGUUUUUAUGGAUGACUUUUCUAUCUUUGGCAAUUCUUUUGAUCAUUGUCUCCAUAAUCUAUCUAUUGUGUUGCAAAGGUGUGAGGAAACUAACCUUGUAUUGAAUUGGGAAAAAUGUCAUUUUAUGGUUAGGGAUGGAAUUGUGCUCGGGUUUUAUCGAAGAUUCAUCCAAGAUUUCUCAAAGAUCACCAAACCCUUAUGUCACCUUCUUGAAAAAGAUGCAAAGUUCAACUUUGAUGAAGAUUGUUUGGUGGCCUUUGAAAAACUCAAAAAGGCUUUAGUGAGUGCUCCCAUCUUGAUCACACCGGAUUGGUCACAACCGUUUGAGCUCAUGUGUGACGCAAGCGACAUCGCCGUCGGGGCCGUGUUGGGGCAAAAGAAAGACAAGCUAUUUAGAGUCAUCUACUACGCUAGUAGGACUCUAGAUAAGGCUCAAUCAAACUACACCGUCACUGAAAAGGAACUUUUGGCGGUUGUGUAUGCCUUCGACAAAUUCCGCUCCUACCUCAUUGGCACAAAAUCUAUUGUUCACACCGACCAUGCGGCCAUCCGGUAUUUAUUUGAGAAGAAAGAUGCCAAGCCGAGGUUGAUAAGGUGGAUCCUCCUCCUUCAAGAGUUUAAUAUUGAAAUCCGAGAUAGGAGAGGAUGUGAAAAUGUUGUGGCGGAUCACCUUUCAAGACUUGAGAAUCCCGUGGAAGGGGAAAAUGCCGAUGUUCCCAUCAAUGAGAAUUUUCCCGAUGAGCAAAUCUUGCAAGUCAAGACCCACACCCCAUGGUAUGCGGACUACGUCAACUAUCUUGCAUCCGGCAUUCAUCCACCACCCGAGUUGAAUCGUUACCAAAGAAAAAAAUUCUUUCAUGAUCUCUUUGACGUAUGGGGCAUAGAUUUUAUGGGCCCAUUCCCAAUGUCUUUCGGCUUCCAAUACAUUUUGUUGGCCGUGGAGUAUGUUUCAAGAUGGGUGGAAGCAAUUCCUACUCAAACCAAUGACUCCAAAGUGGUGAUCAAGUUCCUUCAAAAGAAUAUUUUAACAAGGCAUGGAAUUCCAAGGGCCUUGAUAAGCGAUGGAGGAUCCCACUUUUGCAACAAGUGGAUGGAAGGACUUCUCAAAAAGUACGGGGUGAAGCAUAGAGUGACAACGGCUUAUCAUCCCCAAGCCAAUGGUCAAACCGAGUUGGCAAACCGGGAGAUUAAACAAGAUUGGUCUCUCUUGCUUGAUGACGCACUUUGGGCAUAUCGAACGGCGUACAAGACACCACUUGGCAUGUCACCAUACCAACUUGUAUACGGGAAGUCAUGUCAUCUCCCCGCCGGCCAAGCUAGAGUCUUUCAACUCAAUGAGUUGGAUGAAUUUCGAAGUGAGGCAUUUGCAAGCUCAAGCCUCUACAAAGAGAGGACCAAGAGGUUUCAUGAUAGGAUGAUCCACAAACGGGAAUUUGCACCCGGGGAUGAGGUCCUUCUCUUCAAUUCCCGCCUUUCACUCUUUCCGGGAAAGCUCAAGUCCAAAUGGUCGGGCCCAUUCCUCAUCAACAAGGUCUCCCCCAAUGGAGCUAUUGAAUUGAAGGGGUGCCCGCGGUCACCACCCGCGGCCGCCGCCCACUUUGCCGCCACCAUUGCUCACCUCCAAGACGCACAUGCACAACAACACGCCCCCGAGGGCGAGGAGGAAGAGCAAGCAUAUGAACCAGGUGGUGAGAUACCUCAACCACCCCCGGCGUAUCCAGGAGGAGGUGUCGGAUUUGAGGAUAGGAUGAUGGGCCGCUUUGACUCCUUCCAAGCCGCAAACAUGGCCCGCUUUGAUGCAAUCCAAGAAGAGCAACGAAGGCAAUAUGAAGCCUUUUUGCAAUACCAACAGGAUGAGCGGCGCCGCUAUGAAGAGCAUAUGCGCCAAUUCCAUGCCUUCCAUGGCCCCUUUCCGCCACCGUAG